GCCACAGCACUCCUCACUGCUGCGGCCUAUGCUCGCCAGCAAAGACCGCUAACCAGACUGAACCAGAACAGGUCCUCUGCGAAGACGAAAAGCCACAUUGGGCCCCUGAGAAACCGAAACGUCGCUGAUCGGCGAGCAGCCGACGGAGUUAGCAUGCACUGGAGUUGCGUAAGAUGUCGUGGCGAACAAAUAUAUCUUUGCCGGCUUUGAACGGCGCCCCGUGACCGGGAAAGUAUCGGCAAAGGGUCCCACCAGGCAGAGCAUAUUGUUGCUAGACAUGCCCAGCGGUUUUGUCAUGAUAUCGCAUAUCGUAAGAGCAGGGCCAAGUUUGCAAGCGACACCACGAGCAAAAAGCGGCGGCGACCAGCGAACUAGGGUUUAUAUUUUGGGCUUUGCAAUCGACACGGUCAACCAUGAAGCAUACGCUCGUGCCUAUGGGGGCUGCGCGUGCGCUCAAUUAGCAGUCGAACACGGAUAUCCCUCCUGUUCGCCGCUUAUGCGCCUCGUAGUGACGCCCGGCUCACAUUAUAAUUCCUGGGCAACGAUAAAAGCAGAUUAAUAAGUCCAAGCAACAAAUCGAGCAAAACCAAGCUGGUCCGUACACGCACAUGAAGUUACCACAUGGCUUGACAUUCGGUUGGCAGCAGACAGAACUCAACUCAAGAAAACCUGCAUUUUACACGCUAGAUUGGCACGGCCCACAAGAGGAGCCUGGCGAAACCUCCGAGACGUCUCCAAGCUACGUCCAAUCGGCGUGCGCUUCGUUCUCAAAGCAGAACCGAACCAUGGCGUCCCUCGAAUUUUGGCCGGGGCCGUCGGGGCAAGACGGAUGCCACAUGUGCUCGGACGUGGAGAUGCAGGAUUACUUAUUCCAGCACGAACAAGACGGCAUGCUCGGCUUCGACCUGCCGCAUGUCGACGACGACAUUGGAAACGCGGACCCACUGCUGCUUGCGCCGAGUGGCGCCGGUUGCGGCCAGACGCCCGGCGCUGUCUACAACGUGUUGACACAGCUGCAGGCUGCGCCGCUGGGCUCGCUGGCCAUCGUAAAGCAGGAGCCGUCGGAAUCCUCACAUGGAAGCGCCGCGGGCUCGCCCAGCAACGACGGCCCGCUGUCCUCCAGCACGCCGCACCACCCCGCCCACCCCUCCAGCGCCUCGCUCUCCCCCUUCCACCCACAAGCACAGCACCACCACCACCACAGUCGCAACAACACGCUGCUGGGCAGCUGCGCUGCUGCGGGCGCCGGCUUCGGCUCCGGCAGCUAUGACAGCUCCUGCAGCGGCCCGACACUCGCGGCGCCCGCCGAGGUCGGCAGCGCCUCCGUGACUUUCUCCGCAACCGCCGUGCCCGCCGCCGCCACGGCACUCGCGGCCGCCAGCUCCCUGUCACAACAGCAGCAGCAACAACUGCAGCAGCAGUUACUGGCGUCUGGCAUGCCGCUCGUGUCCUUCUCCGCCAUCCCGCUGCCCGCCGGCCAGGAGCAGGCCGCCACCUGUGCACAGCAGGCACACCUGGCGGCGGCUGCGGCACCAUACAUCUCCGCCGCCACCGCAUCCAUGACCUCCAUGCUCAACAUCCCCAACCUGCACACCUACGCGCUCAGCAGUAGUACCCCUGCUGGCGCCGCCGAGACCGCCGCUGGCGCCUGUGCGAACGGCGAGUCGGGCUCGGCGAGCGGUGCGGCCCCCGCGUUUGAGCCGCACAUGGCCGUGACGGCUGCCCCCGCCGGCACCGCCGCCGGAGCGCCUGCCGUCAUCAUUACGCCGGCGCCCGCAUCCGCGCCAACCGCAAGCCUUGUGACGGACGUGUUCGCCUCACCCUUUGCGCAUGCCGGCAUGACGGCGCCGUCGGCGGCGCCGCCGCCACCGUCGCUGCUCGACGCCGCCGUCGCGGUCCAACAGCAGCUCGCCGCCGCCGCGGCCGCCGCCGCCGCCGCCGCCGCUGGCGGCGCCGCCGCCAUGCUGGCGACCUCCACGCCCUCCGCCGACGCCGACAACUUCGCCUUUGCCUUCAGCGGCGAUGACGAUGAUGAAGACCCCUCCUACGGCGCCUCUGCCAGCCUCGGCGGCAAGCGCGGCAGCUCGGCGGCGCCAUCCAAGGCCGCCAGCGGCGGCGGCGGCGGCGGCGGCGGCAACUGCCGGAAGCUGCCGCUGUCGCACUCGACGGUUGAGAAGCACCGCCGCGACCGCAUCAACCACCUCAUUGAGCAGCUUGGGGAGCUGGUGCCGGCCUGUGACCCACGCUACCGAGGCGCAGCAGCCGACGGCGAGGCCGCAGGUGGCGGCGGCGGCCUGAAGCGGCCCAAGCACGCCAUCCUGGCGGAUGCGGUGAUCCGCUACCGGCAGCUGCAGCAGGACAACGAGACACUGCGCCGCCAGCUGGCGGCGACGGCAGCGGCGGCCGCCGCCGCCGCGUCGGGCUUCAAGAACAUGCUCCAACAGCAGCAGCAGCAACAACAGCAGCAGACGGCGAGCGGCGACGGAACGUCAGCGGUGGCUGUGGCUGCGCUAACGGUUCCGUCAACGCUGCCUGCCGCCACUGCCUUCGCUGAGGCCGCGCCCGUGGCGGCGUCCAGUACGGCCGCCGCCAUGGCCACCUCACACUCGGCCGCGCCGUCCCUGCCCUCUUCACCCACGACGCCCGCAGCGGCGUCCGUCGCUGCGCCCAGCGGCGCCGCCGGCGCCGCCACGUCAGCGACGAUGCAGUCUCUGCUCGUCCAAGCCGCCGCCGCCGCCGCGGCGGUGGGAGCCGCAGCGUCCGGUCGCAACGGCGCCGCUGCCGCGCCGGCUCCGCCGCCGCCUGCCGGCAGCGCCCUUGUUCCCGCGGCGGCCGCCUCCCCUGCCACCGCCGCUACUGCUGCUACGGCUGCUACGGCUGCUGCUUCUGCCGGCCUGAACCUGCUGCACCUUCCCUUCAUCAAGGCCGCCGCCGCCGCGGCCGUAGCCGCCGCCGCGUCCGCUUCAGCCGCUGCCCACGGCAGCGCGCCUGCCGCCGCUCCCGCCGCCGGGAUGCCGCAGCUGCCGGCUGGCUUCGUGCCCGUUGGCCUGAGCACACACGGCGCCGUCAGCAACAGCAGCAUCGCCGCCGCCGCCACCGCCACCGCCGCCGCCGCCGCCACCGCCGCCCCACGCUGCCAGCAGGUCUCGGCAACGGCACCACCUGGAGCCGAGCCCAAGGUCCCGCAGCUACAGCCACAGCCACCGCAACGGCUACAGCCGCAGGCGAAGGUGCAGGCACAGCCGCAGCACCAGACGGCGGGUCUGGUGAUGGUGCCGGUCUGGACCGGCGCCGCGCCGGGCGCCGUGCCGCCGCCGCCCGUCGCCAUCGCGCCCGCGCCGCCGCCCGGCUCAUCAUGCACCCCCUGGUCCAGCUGUAGCCACCUAGUGGCAGGCGCCGCCUCAGCAGUGGCGGCCGCUUCCACCGAGCCCUCCUCGUGCGGCUCGGUGGAAGAGGACGCAGCCGCCGCCGCCGCCGCUGCGGCCGAAGUGGAGGCGGAGGCGUCCACCGAGGUGCGUGUGGGCCCAAACAGCAGCGCCUCAGCCUCCGGCUCAGCCUCAGGCUCAGCCUCGGGCUGUGCGGCUGGUGCCAUGACGGCGGCGGCGGCGGCCGCCGCGGCCGCGCCUGCGUUGCCGGUGCUGCCCCAGCCGGCGGCCGCGCCCACCGCCGACGCUGCGGCUGCGGCGGCUGCGGCUGCGGUGGCGGCGGCGGCGGCGGCCGCGGCGGCGGCUGCUUCAGUCUCUGACGCCGCCGCCACCUCCGCCGCUGGCGCCUCCUCGUCUUCCUGGCUGGUGCGCAUCGUGUGCCCGCCCCGCCGGGACCUGGCGGCGGCAGCCACCCGCGCGCUGACCGCCGCUGGCAUUCGCCUGCGCGGCGUUAACGUCAGCCCCGCGCCCGGCCCCGGCCACCGCAUGGCUCUGGAGCUGGAGGUGGAGUGCGGCGAGGACGUCAUGCCGCGGGGGCAGCAGGUCGGUGCCAUCCAAUGCGCCAUCCACGCCGCGCUGGCGGAGGCCGCUGACGUCGAGAACGUCGACAGUGGCGACACCACCGCGGCGGCGGCGGCGGCGGCGGCGCACAACGCGCUCAGAGGCGUCAGCGGCGGCGGCGGCGGUCCCAAGCGGCUGAUCCACCAGGCGCCGGCAGCGCCGCCGGGGGGUGGCGCUCGCAAGCGCUCCCGGACCCAUCGCUAGACGCUACGCGCCGCGCCGCUACGCGCCGCUUCGGCACCCUGCGCGAGAGGGGACGCGGCGGUCAAGGCAGGCUGUCAGCUCAUCGGCCAUGCCGGGCGCACGGCGGGAUGUGGGUGCAGCACCAGACACGCCGUGCCGCGGACCUGGCGUUGGGCAAGACAGGGUAUGUGCCAGUGCGGCACGGAAUCCACGUUUCCAGCAAUCUAAUGACGACAUGCAGUCCUGCGCACGAAGAGCACGAAGCAAAGAGCACGUAACAAGCUACUCGGCGCAGCGGGCUUGCCUCGCUGCUUUGCAGAUGCGGUGAGGGCGACUUUCAGUUUGAGGCAGGCGGUAGUAUCGACUUGGCGGCUGUGCUGAUCAUUUCAUCGGCGCGGAGGUGGAUGGGCCGGAGGGGCACCAGCGGGUCAGGGGGUCGCACGGCUAUGUGGUGCGUGGCAGGCGGUUGGGUGUGGCGGUUCUGGCAACCCGCAUCCUAAGGUCGCCCUUCUGUUUCUUGGUAGGUACAUGCUUGUUGUUGGGUAGCGGACGGCGGCACCUGCAGUCGGGCAGAUCCGGUUUGUCCGCGGUGCCCAGGACUGCGGAUUGCGGAGGGGUUUGUGGGCAGGAUAAUGGCUUGGGUAGCGGUAGUAACGGAGGCCUCCUUGGGGUGAUACGACCAGAACACACCGCGCAUGAGGCAACCGCAUGACAGGUCAUGACCGGUCAUCAAGCGUCUGGACUGCUUAGCCGCUAGACAUUGAGAGGUAUUGAAGACAUACAUUACGUGCACAGCACGAGCACAGAUAAUAAUAGCCCGGGCAAACACCUUACAUCGCCGCUCACAGCUGUCCGACGCGGAGUGUUCUCCUGUUGUGGCUGCGCGGCGAUGAGAUUCUUUGUGUGUCGUGCGAGGGAGCAUGUGCGUCCUGUCCUUGGAGCGUAUGCAUGUUGAUCCAAUCUAGGAACCGUCGGUACGAAUGGGCUUGUAUGCUGUGGAUUGGACGGCGGAUGUAUUGGGUCAACUGCUAAGGGGAGUGUUAGGACGCUGGUGUUAGGGCACCUGUGCGAGCGCAGAAUGUUUCUGCGCCUGCGGGUGCUGUGUACGGUAAACUGGUUAAUCGCGGGAACUUCGUUGGGCUCUAAAACGCCACACGAUCGUCGUAUUGGCGGGGCGUUCGGCCGUGGGUUGCUUGUCCGUACGCUUUUUGGCGUCUGGCUUUACAGCAUGAGUGGGAAUUCAAUCUUGCAUUUCAGCAUGAGCGGUAGGAUGGGAGCAAGCACUUGGUGUGCAAUAGCUGUAUGUGUGUGUGUUUCGCUUUGGUGCUGCUGUGGGUAGCGUUCUGUGCAGUGUAGGUGCGUGCCGCAUGCAGCCAAUCGAGGUGGUUGGGAGCGGUUGCGCGCGUGAGAUGAAGAAAGCGUGCAGAUACGAAAAGGCUAGAGACCUGCGUGCAUCAUUCCAGCGCCUGGCAUUUGCUGUGCGCGUGAGGACCAACUGCUGCGUGUUCCAGUUUCGCGCAUUAUUCGAGACGAGCAAGUGCUCUGAGCUGUGGACUUAGGGUGUGAAUGCGAUGGGCGCUAGGACGCAAGAUGGCAUGAGCGUAAUGUUGCGCAUGCGUGCUCAAAGCUAUUAAAGCUAAUCAGUGUUGGUGGCAAGCUUCGACUGGCUUCGGCUGCUGCUGCCUGCUUCCUAUCACGCUGAGUAUUGUCAAUCUGUCGCACUGCUGGCACGCCCUGAAGCGUGUCCUGCAGGCUCACGCGCUAAUCAAUUGCAGCGCUGAGCAAAGCAUAAUAACGAAAGCACGGUUUCUGGGGUUCCCUGCUUACUGCUGGUUGUAGUAGCCGCUGCCGCUGGUGCUGGUGUUGCUAGUCGUGUUGGUGGUGGCGGCGGCGGCCGCUCCAUAGCGCCACCGGCUGAUGGAGUUGAUGCCCUUCAGCACACUGUUCCCGCGGUAUCGUCCAGGGUUUCUUCACGUGAUGAGGCGCUGAUACCAGGAUCUCUAGAUCCCACGUGGGCGAGUGUCCCUGCGUACCUUGGCCGCAGAGGGCAUCGGCACGGUGUAGGGCGCAUGGGGACUGCGGGCCGUAUUGACGUGGCUACUGUUGGGCUGCAUUGCUGGCGCCUGUUGCUGUGAACCUGUGGUAAUAUGACAGGAACAUUUGCCGGGUUUUCAACUCACUAGAAGCGGCCUGGCAUUUCAAGGUCAGCUAGGAGUUUCCCGGGGGUUUCAGUCCCCCGCACGCGCGUGUGCUAGCGGGGCUUGUGUUUAAUGCAUUGCUGAUGCUGCUGGUUACUGGCGGUGAUGAGGGUGCUAAAUGCGUUGCAGAAGUGGAAGAUGUCAGGUGGAGUGGGCUAGUGCUGCAUCUGCGGCUGGAAGUGGAUGACCGGUUGUGAGGCGGCAAAUUCAUCAUGUGUGCCCGGCACGGUUGCCCGGCGCCUAUGCGUUAUUAGCGCGCCCGGCUCGUUUCGGGACGGGAGUCACGGGAGUUUACUAGGCGGUGCCUAGUAGGCGCGUGCGUAGGCCGGCUCGUUUGCCUAGUGUCCGUGACAUACAUGUAGCGGUCACUAGGGAGAGGGGGCCAUUUGUGUUUUUAGCCGUCCUGCGGGGCAAGUUGUAGCAGGCGUAUGCGGGGCAGUGGGGGCAGUGACGCCCACGUCGUUGCGGCGCUAAUCUGUAAUGAAUGGUAGCAUUUUGCCAUUAGCAAGGCUGGCAUAAGGGCAGUUUGGGGAGUGGUUGGUUCAAGCAUGGUUCAAGCAUACGUUGUUGGUCGUGUCGUUGUCAUCGCUGUAAUUUGUAACCAGA